GCUCACCACGCCGCCGUUUCACUCACCCCCUUCACUCGACAUCAUCGCCUACCCAACCGACUAGGACGCUUUACUUCGGGCGCCCGAUCCCAGCUGAUAUGACGUCGACUGCGUACAACAGAGGGCAGGAGAGGCCUCCCAUGCUGAGAAACCAGGAUGAUGAGCAGCAGCAGCCGCGGCUGGACCCUACAACGACAACGCAACAGCUGCAGUACGCCCGAGACUACCUGGCGACUCUGCACGGCGAUAGGGCCGCGUCGUGCUCCGACUUGGAGGAGGAGGCGAAGGUGUUCCUCGGCUCCCCCUCCACGGAGGAGCAGGCCCGACGCUUCCGUCUCAUCUACCAGCUCGUGCGCUACCAGAUCCACAGCCACACGCACAACAUGUACGCCAUUCUUCAGGAGAAGCUUGCUGCCAUGGCAAGAGUGCAGGCUGCGGUGGGCAACGCCGAUGAUGACCCCGACGUGAAAGAGCUUACCAUCGCUCUCGUCAAUGGAAGGAUUGUCGACGCCACCAUCAGGGUGAUCGAGCGGGCCGUCGAAGCCAUGCGCGACCUCAACGGGAGGAACGAGGCCGGAACAAAUACAAAGGCCUCCUUCUCGACCUCUUCCUCGACCUCCUCCUCGACCUCCUCCGCAUCAUCAUCCCCGGCAAGCAACACCCCGCCGCCCGAAUCAUGGGAGCAGCCCAGAAAGCAGCAGCAGGAGAGGAAAAAACAGAGACGGGAUAAGAAGCGCCUCGAAGCCACCCCAAUAGGAAGGACCUUCGAUUCGCCUUCGAAGCUGCCCAAGCGAUCCCGUCUGCCGGCCGCGGCGGUGAAGGAGAUGAGGACUUGGCUCGACCAGCACUGGGACGACCCCGUACCGACUCACGAAGAGAAGACUAGCUUCGCUGUCAAGCACGACAUCACCACCAAACAGGUGGAGAACUGGUUUAUCAAUAUCCGCAUGAGGGAGUGGCGGCCGGCCAUGCGCCGGGCGUUGGAUCAUGCCGAGGAGACCGGCUCGUACGCCGAGUUCUCCAGGCUCCUCCAGCACACCGCCGAUGGCAACGUCUUCAAGAAGUUCCUUGAGGAGCGCCAGAUGGGUCAUGGCUCCACCCUGGUGCCCCCGCCCAGCCUCCAGCGCUUCAUUGGCGCCCAGGGCUUUGCUGCUUUCGCUGGGGACGGCAGGGCGAACAAGCGGUCGCGCUGAGGGGCAAGACUGGGCGGAAAGUCGAACGAACGCGAAAAUCGUCGUUGUAAGUCGUGUCGCUGAGCGUCCUAGAGGCUUGCUUGUUGUUGUCGCUCAUGAAACCACGGCUCGCCCUCGUGGGAACGUCAGCAAGAGACUGUGAACAAAUGUAGAACGUAUCGUGUGUGCAUAGGAACAUUGCACGUAUCGUGUAGAAACAUUGUCAAUCGUGCCGCUGAGCGUCCGAGAGCCAUGCCUCACCUUCGUGGGAACGUCAGCAAGAGACGCUUGUGAACAUGACGCACCGCGUAAAAACACGUGUUGUUUUGGUCUCUCGCGGCUGGGGCUGGCGGUUGAGUUUGUCGCGAUAUGGGACAACAGCGCUCCGAUAUUCGUCGUCGCUUUGUACCUAAAUAGGCUUGUCGCUCGGGGAGGGGAGGGGAGGGAAGGGCGGCUCUGCUGCGAGUUGAAGGCGGGGGUCUAACUACUGAAGUUGAUGGUUGCGGAUGAUGCCGUUUUAGAGGGGAAUUGCUAGUUGUGGGUGGAAAUUUUGGAGCGGCUGGGGGGGCAUUGGGGUGGUGACGGCCCGUGAGGUACUGAGCAUCUAACUGUCGUUUGUAGAUUGUGCAGACAAAAUUUUGUGGUUGAACGAGAUUAGAAAGCGGAGGCCUCUGCUGUCCAGUCCAGUACCGUGGUUGAUGGAGCGAUUGCGAGUGGACCGAGUUAUUGUGGCAACCAAGAGAUGGUUUUGCACAUCAGAGGGUGCUAGUCUGCGUUUGUUCGCUGCAGGUUGUGUGUUGGAGAAUACGACGUCGCCCAAUUUGUUUUUUACGUGGAGCAAGAAAUGCAUCAAUAGGCACACUGCAAAGUCGAGGGAGACAAUGAAGGAGCGACUUGAUAUAGCCGAGGGUCGGUCUGGCGUAAAGAAGAACUUCAAGUUUUGUCUUCAGCUGACGUCACUGAACCUUCACUGACUGAAGGGACGCCAAUGCAUCUCUUCUAGUAAUCGUGCGCCUUUUCU